CAACACCACGCGCGCUUGUCUAGUUGUGAAAUCUGUGUCCUGUGCGCUGGCGUUUUUAGUUUCGACGACGAAAAUAGUUGAAUUCGGGCUUAAAACAGCGGGGCAGUUGGCAGGCGGUAAGCGGUACGGUCAAAAGCGGUACAAAGGCUCACACACACACACGCACACAUAUAUAUAUACACAUAUAUAGAUAUAACACAGAGCAAACAGGAAACGGAAAUCGCCAAAAGGCGGUAAACAGUUUGAACGCCGACGCCAAACCGUUUAACCGUUUCGAGUGCGCGUAAUCCAAUUAUCCAGUCCAAAAAAGUCACCGACGGCGGCCAGUUAAACGUUCUUUAACUUCCUAGGCAACAUUUUUUUACUGUGCUUUUUUUCUCAGUUUGUUUAAAUACGCGCUUAAAUCAAUUAAUAGCCCAACAGAAAAAUAAAAUAAUAAAUAAAAGUAGCCAAGCAGAAACUAACCGGUUAACGCAAAAAAAAAAGAAAUAAAAAGAAAAGUGCCAGUGAAUACGAGAUAAUCGAAGCAAAGCGAAUCGAAUCGAAUCGAAUCGAAGCUAAAGAAAUAUAAUACAAAAAAAAAAGGGCGCAAUCGAGCGGGCCCAGUGCUUUUGAUAUUUGUUGAUGUCCUGCAUGCAGGACUCGCGAUAAAGCUGUCCCAGUAAGUGCUUCAAAAUUUACUCGCCAACCACUUUCGACGCCUCCAGGGCGUUCAAGCUGGAGGAGGAUUUCGUCGGCGGCUGCAUGACAAUGUCGAUGUACUCGACGACGGAUAAAAUGAAAAUGUCAGCGCCCAGUUGUUUUCCAGGACGCUACAGUCCCUCCUAUCGAAGUUCGGAGCAAAUGCGUCGCUGCAUGCCAAAUCCAUCUAGUCGUUUAUUAGAAGAUGCUUCCCUAUUAUGCAAUUCGUGGUCAGCACGUCAGAAUGGUGAUAUCUUCGCGGGCAUCAACGACGGCAUCCUCAGCAGAGCGGAGGCCCUGGCCGCCGUCGACAUCCAGAAGCAUCAAGCCCAGCAUGUACAUAGCCAAAUGCCCUCCCAAAUCAAGCACGACGUCAUGUACCACCAUCACUCCAUGAGUGGGCCCCCGCAACGUCCAUUGCAGGAAAAUCCUUUUUCCCGACAGAUGCACCACUCGAUGGACCAACUGGACAUGCUGGAUCCGACGGGCUCGAUGACCACGUUGGCGCCCAUUUCGGAGUCCCCACUGACGCCCACACACCAGCACCUGCACGGUUCCUAUCACAGCAUGAAUCACAUGAUGAGCCACCACCAUCCGGGCACGUUAAGUGGCCACACGGGGGGACACCAUGGACACUCAGCGGUACAUCAUCCUGUUAUCACGGCGGCGGUGGCAGCCGCUGGCCUGCAUCCCGACACCGACACCGAUCCCCGCGAGCUGGAGGCGUUUGCGGAGCGGUUCAAGCAGCGGCGCAUCAAGCUGGGUGUCACGCAGGCGGACGUGGGCAAGGCCCUGGCCAAUCUCAAGUUACCUGGCGUCGGCGCGCUGUCGCAGAGCACGAUCUGUAGAUUCGAGAGCCUGACGCUGUCGCACAACAACAUGAUCGCCCUGAAGCCCAUCCUGCAGGCGUGGCUCGAGGAGGCCGAGGCGCAGGCGAAAAACAAGCGACGCGAUCCGGACGCGCCCAGUGUCCUGCCGGCGGGCGAAAAGAAAAGGACUUCCAUUGCGGCACCUGAAAAGCGUUCCCUGGAAGCCUACUUCGCCGUCCAGCCGAGGCCAUCCGGUGAGAAAAUCGCUGCCAUUGCCGAAAAGCUGGAUUUGAAGAAAAACGUGGUGCGCGUCUGGUUCUGCAAUCAACGUCAAAAACAAAAACGUAUAGUUAGUAGUGUAACACCCUCAAUGACUGGCCACGGUUCGGCGGGAUUUGGAUACUGAUAGUCGUUUAUGACGGCAGCGGCGGCGGUAAACACGGCGGCAGCAGCUGGAGCGGCAGCGGCAACAUUGGGAACGGCGGCGGCGGCGGCAACAUCGGCGUGUCUGGGCGACUAUUACCUUUAGGGAUUCUGAUUCUGGUUCUGAUCCUGAUCCCGAUCCUCAUACAUAUAGUAAUCGCAACGAUCCAAUUGCGAUGCAGAAGCGGCAGCAGCAGCAGCAACAACAACACCACAACCACCAUCACACCAGCAACAGCAACUUCUCUCUAUAUCUUUCACUCAGUAAUCAACCAAGCAGCGGCGCAAAAUCGGCCAGAAAUAAUACUAAUAAUAGCAGCAUACACAACUAUAACAUUUAUACCCCAUUCUCCAGUAUAUUCCCCGAUUUUUCCCCAACCAUUCAGAGAGCUACCCCCCCAAAAAGCAAAUGGAGAAAACAUCGAUUGCAAAUAAUAAUAAAAAAAGAAACGAGAAUGCAAAAUGAAUACCAAGAAAUACAAGAAUUUUUUUAGGAACGAAUAAUGAAACAAUGGACCAACAUAUCAAAUGCAAUAAUUUAUUGAAUUGUAUAAGAGAAAAAG